CCGGAGCCCGUCUGUUGCCCGGGAGCCGUGGCCCCGCCCCUCGCCCCUUCCUCCUCCGCCCUCCCUCAAGGCCCAGGGAUGGGGCGCAGCGUGGGAAAGGGAUGGUUGAGUUUUAACCGGAGGCUGAGCGUGAGUGGGAUCAGUGUGCGCGCACCGCCUGCAGCCAAACGCCGAGCGGCCGCCGCUGUUAACUCCUCCCUGCCCACCCCGCGACCCUCUUCGGAGCCCGCGCUCUGUCAGCAUGAAGCGAGCUCACCCAGACUACAGCUCCUCGGAUAGCGAGCUGGACGAGACCAUCGAGGUGGAGAAGGAGAGUGCGGACGAAAAUGGAAACUUGACUUCCGCGCUGGGUUCCAUGUCCCCAACGACAUCUUCCCAGAUUUUGGCCAGAAAAAGACGGAGAGGCAUCAUCGAGAAGCGCCGACGAGACCGGAUUAAUAACAGUUUGUCUGAGCUGAGGAGGCUGGUACCCAGUGCUUUUGAGAAGCAGGUAAUGGAGGAAGGAUCUGCUAAACUAGAAAAAGCCGAGAUCUUGCAGAUGACUGUGGAUCACCUGAAAAUGUUGCACACUGCAGGAGGGAAAGGCUAUUUUGACGCGCACGCCCUGGCUAUGGACUAUCGAAGUUUGGGGUUUCGGGAAUGCCUGGCCGAAGUUGCUCGUUACUUGAGCAUCAUCGAAGGACUGGAUGCCUCAGACCCCCUUCGCGUUCGCCUGGUCUCGCAUCUCAACAACUACGCCUCCCAGCGGGAAGCGGCGAGCGGCGCGCACGCGGGCCUCGGACACAUACCCUGGGGGAGCGCCUUCGGACAUCACCCGCACGUCGCGCACCCGCUGCUGCUGCCCCAGAAUAGCCACGGGAACGCUGGCACCACGGCGUCGCCCUCCGAGCCGCAUCACCAGGGCAGGCUGGCCUCGGCCCAUCCGGAGGCGCCGGCCUUGCGAGCGCCCGCUAGCGGCGGCGUGGGACCGGUUCUCCCGGUGGUGACCUCGGCCUCCAAACUGUCGCCGCCUCUGCUGUCCUCCGUGGCCUCGCUGUCUGCCUUCCCCUUCUCCUUCGGCUCCUUCCAUUUACUGAGCCCUUCGACACCCACGCAGGCAGCCAACCUUGGAAAGCCCUAUAGACCUUGGGGGACUGAGAUCGGAGCUUUCUAAAGAACUGAUGCUGUAGAACAAGGGAGGGGAAAGCUUAAAAUCCCAGCUGAGCUGGAACUGUUGCCAACAUCAUCUUAAAGUCGUCAGUAAAAGUAAGGAAAAAAGGUACAUUUCAGAUAAGUGGUUUUUUUAAAAGACUAAAGAAAGGUUUGUUGGUUUACUAUUUUCUCUUAAAAUUUUUUAUCAUGUCAUGUAUUAGCAGUUUUUUAAAGACUAGUUAAUUUUUGUUUAAAAUGUUCAGUUGAGAUAGUAUGAACCAACACUUUGUGAUCGUCUGUUCAGUGCCUAAUUUACUUUGUAAACCUGUCUGUCAAAGAAUGAUUCGAUUUGCCUCAGUUUUGGGAAUCUUAACAUCUAGUGUUUUGGGUCAGUUUUACUGCUUGUAUGGUUACAGUUUGUUUUUAGGAUUAAUUUUCCAAACCACCAUGCUCCAUGUUAACAUGAUUUUGUUAAUAUUUUGACAGACUAAGGUAUUGUAUAAAUGGUAUUCUUUGGGGGGGAGGUGGGGGGCAAAGCAUUAUAUUUCCAAACAAAGCGUUGACAAAUCAGAUGAACAGCUUUAUCCCAGAACACUAGUUAACUCUCUGCCUCUUAUGGCAGUGAGGUGACUGCACAGACUAUCAGUGGCCCUGAAACCAGAUGACCACCUGCUUUGGUCUACCCGGCUUUGCCAUUUUAACAUUUCAGGUUUAGGAAACAGCCACUGGUAGGUUAGGUUCCCAUAUGGAGCCCUGGCAGCAAGGGAGUUGAAAGGCAGUUGCAUGCAACAUGCCUGCAUUUUCCAGCCACAAGCAAUGCAAUAUGUUUUCAGUCUCACAGAUCUCAAGUUCACUAGUGUUAACCUACAUAAGUGAUCAUGGUAUGUAAGUGGUCAUCAGUUCAAUGCCUGUUAAAUGCAUAACCUGGUUUUCCUGAAAUUGCUAUAUUUUCUUUCAACUAGAAAUUGUUAGGUUGUGUUUUGCUUUUGGUGCAUGAAAAUGUGGUUGUUGAGAUAUUUAAAAGGGCCUUUGCUGCCUUCUCUUUGAUUUUUUAAAAAUUUGAUUUGGGUGAUAAAAAUACCAUUUUACAGGCUUAUUCUUUUAGCAGGUGUAGUUUGAACAACCUCCACUGAACUGGGUUUGACCUCUGUUGUACUGACAUGUUGUGACUAAAUAAAAAGAAAGAACAAAGUA